AUGCAAGAUACAUCAGAUGAUCAAUCAUCAUCUGAUAGACAUCAUCAUCAAAGUCUUCAACAACAAACAUACUUUAGUGUUAGAAUAGUAGAUUUGGAUUAUUAUCUUUAUAAACCAGUUGAAAAAUAUGAUGUUAUUAAAUCACCACUUGACAAUUCGACCAUUCAACAAGUACCCAUUGUAAGAGUGUUUGGGUCAACACCUGCUGGUCAAAAAUGUUGUCUUCAUCUUCACAAUCUAUUUCCUUACUUUUUCAUUCAAUAUAAUGAUGAUUUACCUUUGGAUAAUGAACAAAUAAAUAUAUUUGUUAGAAAAUUAGUUGCAAGUAUAAAUAUUGCAAUGGUUACAAAUCAAAAACAAUCAAAUAAUAACAAUAACAAUGUUCAACAUAUAUUUAAUAUUAAAUUGACAAAAGGUAGACCAUUUUAUGGUUAUUAUCCAGACAAUAAAAUAUUUAUUAAAAUAUUCUUAUAUAAUCCAGAUAAUUUAAACAAAAUAUCAAAUUUAUUAAGAAGUGGAAGUAUAAUGGGAAGAAAAUUUGAAGUAUUUGAAGCACAUAUACCAUUUCUUUUACAAGUGUUUUUAGAUUAUAAUUUGGCUGGAAUGUCAUUUAUAGAUUUUACACGUGUCCAUUUUAGACAUCCUCUGCCACAAUCAAAACAUACAACAUGGGAUGGUGGACAAUUGGACCGUUCACAAGGUUUUGAUCGAUGUACAUCCACCUCUCCUGAUCAUCAACUCAUAGAAUUUAGGAAAUGGUUUAGUGAUACUUGUCCAGACGACACUUUUCCAAAUUGGUCUGCCAUUAAAACUAGAAAGUCUACUUGUGAGUUGGAAGUUGAUGGUUUAAUUGGUGAUACUACCAAUAUAAAUUAUAAUAGUCAAUCUCAGCAAGUAAAAGCGACUAUGGCAGCGGCAGACAAUCAGCAACAAACUGAAAAGGAAAAGAAAUUGGUUCAAUCUUUAAAGGUGAUUUGGGAUGAUGAAGUAGGUCGACGUAAAGAAAGAGGUAUGCCAACACAAUUCACUCAGGCUGAAACACAAGAAAGGAAACCAAUCGACCUUGGUUAUUUUGCAAAACCAUUGGCUUACAAACAAAUCGAUGAAAUCAUUCAAAUUGAAAAAUCAAGAAGAAAAGAUAAAGGAGGAAAAAACAAUGAUAGAAAUGAAAACGAUAGAGUAUUUGCAAGUUCACAACCAGAAGUUGACAUUGAAACUUUGAAAUCAAUCAAAGAUGAUUUGGGUGGUUCUCAUACAUUGUCUCAAAUGUAUUAUUCAAUUCCAUUGUCAAGCAAUUCUGGUUCUCCUGAUAUUAAAGAUCCUCAUAUUCAUUUUAAUCAAGAAAUUAAAAACAUUAAUAUUCAACAAAAUCAACAACAAAAUCAACCAAAUCAACAAAAUAAUCAAGAUAUUGAAAAUGACAAUGACAACGAUAGUGAUGACAGUAGUAGUGAUAGUGAUGAUGAUCAAGUUAAUAUUCAAACACAAAAUAAUGAUAUUUUAAAUGCUUCUCAAUUUGUUGCAGACUUUUUUACACCUGUUGAAUAUUGGUCAGAUGGAGGAGAAGGUGGAUCUGUCAAAUCUCAUAGAUCAAAUUCACAACAACAACAAAAGCAACAAAAUCAAUCUAUCAAUAUUAAUAUUCAAAAUGAUCAAAAUGAUAGUGAUGAUGAUAAUCAAAUUUGGUCAGAUGGAGAAUCAUCUGUUAAAUCAAUUCCUCAAUUUGAUGGUGGAAGAGAUGAAAAGAAAAAGACUACCAAUUCUGAUUCUUUAUCAAAAGGUUUUGCUCCCAUUAAUUUUGGACCUCAACAUUUUUUCAAUAGAAAUAGUCAAUUGACAUUUCAACCUCCAACAACAACAACAACAACAACAACAACAACAAAUCCAUUUUCAAUUCAACAACCAAAAAAAAGAUCUCAUUCAAGUAGUCAUAAUAGUAAUAAUAAUAAGAGUACUAAACAUUAUGAAAUUGAAUAUGAACCACCUCAAGAUAUUUAUAAACCAACACAGAAUACAACCAUUUUAGAUCAACCAAAAUCAAUAUUAAAAAAGAAUAAUAAUAAUGAUUUGACAAGAAAGAAAAAAAGAGUUAAAUUUAUGUUACCAAAUGAAGAAGUAGCUGAAUCCCAAAUUGUAUUUGAAACUCCUCAUAUUUAUAAUCAUACAACCUCUACUACAUCUACAACAUCAACUAGUAGUAGUAGUAGGACAACAUCAAUUAUAAAUAUAUCACCAAAUGAACAAAAAUCUCCACCCAAACCAAAUAUUACAAAUAUUGUAUCAAAAACACUCCCAUUGGUAUCUGAAAUAUCACCUCCUUCACCUUUAAAACCAAAAUAUUCUCCUCCAAAAAAACAAUCUCAACAACAAAAUAAUUUAACACCAGAUAGAGUUAAAAUGGACCCUCCAACUAGUACUAGUAUUUCUAGUACAAAUACAUUUAAGCAAUCGAAUUUUCCAUUGGAAAUGUGGUCACCAAUUAAAGUUGAUGAUGAUACGAAACCAUUAUUUUAUCCAAGUAAUAUUUCUCCACCUACUGGAUCCCCUCAAAUUAUUAUCAUUCAUCCAGAAGAAUCUCCUUUAAAAGGUGAUAAAGUUGAUCAGAUAAAACAAGUGGAAAAACAAGAAAUAGAAAUUUCAUUAUCUCCUCCACCUCCUCCAAUAUUUGAAAUUUUAAAAACAACAAAAUCAAAAAAAGAAAAAGAAAUAGAAGAAAAAGAAAAAGAAAAAGAAAAAGAAAAAGAAAAAGAAAAAGAAAAAGAAGUAGAAGUAGAAGAAGAACAUUGUUUAUCACCACCUCCACCAAUGUAUAUUCCACCAAUUGUAAAUAGAAAAGAAGAGGAAAAAGAAAAAGAAAAAGAAAAUGUUAUAUUUUUAGAAAGUCCAUUCAACUAUAUUUCAGACAAUAAGAGUGAAAAGGACGAUCUUGAUCUUCCUUCUGAAAAUAUAUAUAAAUUGGUUAUUGAUGAUAAUAGUCAAGGAAGUGAAAUUCUUUUUGAAGUUGAAAAGGAAAAAGAAAAAGAACUGUACAGCAGUCAAGUUGCUCAUGUCAUGGAUCAACCACCAACAACAAUUGGAAUUGAUUAUUCACCAAAUUUUUCAUUUUCAAAUGGUGGAAGUUCAAUACAUCAACAAGAAAAACAACAAAUAUUACAAGAGGAUAAAAUGUGUAUCAAUAAUUUAGAACAAUUUAAAAUAUUUAAAAUUGAUAAAUUAGCACCAACAAACAAAGAGAUUGAAAUGGAAUUGAUAAAUGGAAAGAAACCAUUAAAUAUUUAUCAAAGAGCCUAUUAUUCAAAUCCAAAAGAUCAAAAUAGAUUGGUAUUGGAUAAAACUAUGGCAUUUACAUCAAAAUUAACUCUUUCAAAGGGUAUUGGUCAUUGGAAAAUGUUAACAAAAAACCCUCCUCAAUCAACCAUGGUUGAACCAAAAGUUAGAAUAUUGACACCAACCAUUCCACCACCAUGUCCUAAAAAAUUAUUACAAGAUUUUAAAUUGGAACAACAACAAAAACGAUCUUCUUCUUCUACCUCUUCUUCAUAUCAUUUACAUCAAAAAACGAAAAAACGUCGACAGGGAAAUAUUUAUUUAAGUAAUGAUUAUUCACAAAUAUCACAAACAACACCAACACUUAGUUAUUUAAAACAAAUGUGUGGACAAGGAGAAGAAGCUGAAAAAACAUUGAAAUCCAAUUUAAAUCAAUUCCUUACAUUACUCAGUGUAGAGAUUCAUGUAAACACCAAAGGUACACUUAAUCCAAAUCCAGAGACGGAUCCAGUUUUGGCCAUUGCCUAUGUUAUUCGAGAUGAAGGAGCAUCUGAAGAACAAGGUGAUGAUUAUAAAGAUGUUACAGGACUACUUGUCAUUGCUGCUAGUAGCAACACAUCUACAAUGGGAUUGGGAUGUCCAAUAAGAGUAUUUCAAGAUGAAAGAGAAUUAUUAAAAGCAUUUGUAGCAUUGGUACGAUCAUUUGAUGUUGAUAUUUUGGUUGGAUUUGAAGUUCAAUAUGCAUCGAUUGGUUAUCUCAUUGAAAGAGCUCGUUGGAUUGGAAUAUCACUCUGUGAUGAGGUAUCUCGUUUAAUCUCACACAUUCAAGGCAAAGAAUCUUUAAACAAAUCAAACAACUUUUUUGUUCGAGAACGUGAUCGAUUUGGAUAUGAUCAUUCAAGUGGUAUUCAAAUAGUUGGUCGUAUUGUUUUGAAUAUGUGGAGAUUACUACGUCAUGAAAUAACGCUAGACAAUUAUAGUUUUGAAAAUGUUUGUUUUUAUGCACUGCAUCAAAGGUAUCCUCAUUAUUCACAUCAAGUAUUGACAGAUUGGUAUGGAGAUCCAAAGUCUAUCGAAACAAUUCCACCACCACUUAGAUGGAAGACAUUACGUCAUACAUUGGAUAGAGCCAUGGGAUCACUCGAUUUAAUACAACAUUUUGAUAUUAUUGGACGUAGUUCUGAAUUUGCACGUGUCUAUGGUAUUGACUUUUUCAGUGUUUUGUCACGUGGUUCACAGUAUCGUGUAGAAUCAAUGUUGUUACGGUUGACCAAACCUGAAAACUAUAUUCUCUAUUCACCGUCACGUGAACAAACGACCAAUCAACCAAUGCCAGAGUGUAUCCCAUUGGUCAUGGAUCCUGCCACACGUCUCUAUGAUUCACCGGUCGCAGUACUCGAUUUCCAAUCAUUGUAUCCAUCUAUUAUGAUUGGUCACAAUUAUUGUUAUAGUACAUGUCUUGGCAAGGUACAACCUACUUCUGACACUGACAAUACCAAACGACUGGGAUCUGGAUCAAUUAAAAUACAAAAUGGUCUGGUUGAAGCACUCCAUGCGAACAAUGCUAUCAAUGUAUCACCCAAUGGGGUAAUGUUUGUAAAGUCUGAUACUAGACGUGGUAUCUUUCCAAAGUUAUUGUCUGAAGUAUUGGAUACUCGUAUCAUGGUCAAAAAAGCAAUGAAAAAACAUAAAGACAAUAAGCGUAUCUACAAGAUGCUAGAUUCACGACAACUUGGUCUCAAACUCAUGGCCAACGUUGCCUAUGGAUACACUAGUGCCACCUAUUCAGGUAGAAUGUCUUGUAUUGAAUUGGGAGAUUCAAUAGUUCAAACAGCACGAGAAACAUUGGAAUCUGCCAUCAAAAUUACAGAGACUGGUAAAGAGUUUAAUGCAUCGGUCGUCUAUGGAGAUACUGACAGUUUGUUUGUAUUGAUGCCCGGCCGAACAAGAGCCGAUGCAUUUGGAGUUGCUCAAAAGAUUGCUGAUCGUGUCACAUCCAUGUCACCAAAACCAGUCAAAUUAAUAUUUGAAAAGAUCUAUCAUCCAUGUAUACUAGUCAACAAGAAACGUUAUGUUGGCUAUAAAUAUGAAACACCAUCACCACUAGAAGUACCAACAUUUGAUGCUAAAGGAAUUGAAACUGUUAGAAGAGAUUCUUGUAAAGUGGUUUCAAAAACAUUGGAACGUAGUCUUAGAAUAUUAUUUGAACAAAAGGAUUUAUCGGCAGUCAAAGAAUAUUUAAUGAAUCAAAUUAAAAAGAUUCUUCAAGAUCGUGUCAGUCUGAGGGACUUUAUCUUUGGAAAGGAAGUACGUAUGGCCAAUUAUGUCAACGCUGAAAAUGGAGGAGCUCUACCUGCUGCAGCUCAUUUGGCAAGACGACUCAUUGAAAAAGACCCACGUGCCGAACCAAGACAUGGACAACGAGUCUCCUAUGUAGUUGUCUAUGGACUUCCGAACAGUCGACUUUGUGAUUUGGUUGUAUCGCCCAUUGAAUAUUUAGAGAAUCGUAAACUUCGUAUCAAUACUCUCUACUAUAUCACCAAACAAAUCAUCCCAGCACUUGACCGUAUCUUUAAAUUGGUUGGUGCAAAUAUCCCACUUUGGUUUAAUCAACUUUCAAAAUCUUUUCCAUUUACUUUUAAUCAAAAAUUAUUACAAUUUUAUCAAAACCAAAAUAAUAGUAAUAAUAAUAAUAAUAAUAUGAAUAAUUUGGUUGCACAAAAAACAAUUGAUGAAUUUUAUAAUAUUAUCAAUUGUUUUAUUUGUGGUAAUAAUUUGGAUUCUCCUCCUAUUCAACAGAAGAAAGGGAUGAUACCAGUAUGUAAUCAAUGUAAUCAAGAUGGAGCUCAAACUAGCCAUUUUGUCAUGAUGAAUCGUUUGGCGAGUAUAGAGAGUCAGAGGAAUCAACUCUAUGAAAUAUGUCACACUUGCUCGGGCGACAAUCGGUUCUACUCGGACAUUGAGUGUCAGAGUUUGGAUUGUGAUACCUUUUUUGAAAGAAUGAAAAUGUCAACACUUUAUAAUAAUAUUUUACUAUGGUUUAAUUCUAAUCAACAACAACAGUAUCAAGAUGACCUGUAG